AUGGUCAAGUUGGACUGUGAUGUGUGUAGUAACAAAAUUGUAUCUACAGCUGCACCCACCACCUCUGAGCGCAGCUACAACCGGCUUCACCUCAGAAACAAAGGUGGACUGGUCAUCCCUUCAGAAGGGGUUUUUAAGGUUGUAAAAGCUGCAGAGCACUGUUUGCACCAGUCCACGGAUGUUCAGCUUGCUUUUCAACAAAUUAAUGCAGCCCAUCUUGUUUUUUUGGUGAAAGCACAUGUUGGGGCAGAAGACAUCUUUUGUCUCGGAAAUCGUAUGCUUGAAUGCCAGUAUGGUAUUGAUAACCAUCAUUAUUGUCUCAUUUCUUUGUUGGUUUCUGUGUUCCACAAACUGAGACAGCACCAUAUUGCCAGGCUACAUACCCAACAGCUGUAA